GCACGUGUGCUCGAAUAUAAACAACCACGGAUAACGUUGUAGAAGCCAAUGUUUCUGCCCCUAUACAGCACUUAAAUAUCACGAUACGAAAAAUGGCAAAUGAAAAGAAUAGUUCAUAUCCAACAAAACUGUCAAAAAAUGUGCUACAAAUGAAGUUCAUGCAGAGGAGUGUUCUCCGUAUUGAGAAAGAACAGAAUGAAGAAGAGAAUAACAGAGCCAUUGAUGAUGAGCACUGGGUGAUGGAUGUCCCUCCACUUCCAAAGAAACAGAGCCGCUAUGAUAUCCAGCCCAGCUAUGUUGUGUGUGAGAACCUUUGCUAUGGUCGUAUGUCCUUUAAAGGUUUUAAUCCAGACGUUGAAAAACUGAUGGCCAUUCACAAUACUCAGAUGGAACUGGAUGCGGCUGAGGAGAGAGAGAAGGAAACUCACGUCUCUGAGGAUGAAAUGGCAGAAAGGUAUAAAUCUCUUGUUGGUAUAAUUGCCAAAAAGUUUAAGAAGAAAAGGAAACAGAAGGAGGCUGUUGAUGAGGAAGCAGGCCCAUCUCCGGAAAAGAAAGGGAGACAAUUCCAGAAGCCAUCAGAUGACUAGGAAAUCCACAAGUACUUUUGUGAUGGAAACAACUCACUUGUCAUCAUGAAUGGGUCAAGAGUUAACAGACAAAUAUUUAAGGAGGGUUUGAAAUAGUAUUUAUUAGGGUAGUUAUUUUUCUCCCAUCCACUCAUGGAUAAGAGAGUUACAAAAUCUGUCUCUACCCUCGUACUAAACACCCUGUUACUACUCUGAAUGAAGUCUGGGGUGGAUUAUGUUUUCACUGUGUCCCAUUCAUCUUCAUGCGUGUCACCAGUGAGCCAGUAGG